AUUUUUACACUCGCUCGUCGCAUUCUUAUUCACCCCAAGUUCACAAAAUCGUAUGCGUACAACACUUUCGUCACACUGAACAGCCUUGGCGUAGAAAUGAAAAUCUUUGAUGGACCGAGCGAAAUUGUUCAGUGGAUUCAAAAGAACUUGAGGAUCGCAAAAGAAGCGUUGACGCGUGACAUCAUAAUGGCCAAAUCGAAUCAAAGAUGCCCGAUAUUCGCCUGGGCUAGUCAUUUUCAGAUCACUUUCAAGUCCGGAAUUUUCGAAUCUGAAUCCGUCUUCACAAUGAGUGGAUCGCCUGAUGCUAAAGGAGAGGAGAUGUACAUACGCUUCCACAGUGAAAAACCAAAGAUGAGGUACUGCAGUUCUGGCCGCACUGGAAUACUUGAGGUGCCCACCAACGCCAGCAGUGUUUUCCUCUACUUCGUCAUUGACGUGGAGCGAUCGAUUACUGGUCCUCAACUAGUCGAGAUGAUCAGAGAAGUACAAAAGGCAAGCGCUGAAUUCAGCAAGAAGUUCACAUCGAGUAUUCAGCACUUUGACACAAUAACCGUCUUCCAUACUCCGGACACGACCAGUAUACAACGCAUGGUUCUACAAUCACCUCCCUUCAAUGUAGCUCACAUCAAAUGUCCCUACACAGUGAUCAUAUACGAUGACAAGAAGAAAAUGCCGGUUUAUUUUGGGAGAAUAGUACGCCCAAAAGCUGCCGACACGAAGACA